UCACACCCCAGACCACCCAACAACCAACGCCACACGGCACCACCGCCUCGAUUCUCCUCUCACCAUACCCACCUUCUGUCUAAGUCUCUUCAACCUCUCAACUAUCGCUUCACCCAGAUAACCCGCCACCAUGUCCGAGCGAAAGGUCCUAACCAAAUACUACCCCCCGGACUUUGAUCCGAGCGCUAUCACGCGCACCCCGAAACAUCUCCGGAAAACCGGCCCGAAAGUCAUCACGGUCCGCCUCAUGGCUCCCUUCUCCAUGAAAUGCACUAAAUGCGGCGAAUUCAUCUACAAAGGCCGCAAAUUCAACGCGCGCAAAGAAACCACCGAAGAGAAAUACUUCUCGAUCCCGAUCUACCGAUUCUACAUCCGCUGCACGCGAUGCAGCGGGGAAAUCACAUUCCUAACGGACCCCAAGAACAUGGACUACCGGGCGGAAAAGGGCGCGAAACGGAACUUCGAGCCGUGGCGGGAUGCGAAAGCGGAUAACGCGGACGAGACGGAGCAGGAGAUCUUGGACAGGUUGGAGAGGGAGGAGGGGUUGGAGAGCGAGCAGAUGGAGCGCGAUAAGAUGGCCGAGCUGGAGGAGAAGAUGAAGGAUAGUAAGCGGGAGAUGGCGAUUGCGGAUGCGUUGGAUGAGAUUCGGACGCGGAAUGCGAGGAUUGAGAGGGGGGAGGCGCUGGGGGAGGAGGUUUUGGUGAGGGAUAGAGAGGAGAGGGAGAAGGGGGAGGAGGAGAUGAGGGCGGAGAGGGAGGAUGAGGAGAUGGCCAGGAGGGCGUUUAUGACGGAGGAGGGGGAGAGGGUUAGGCGGUUGGGGACGGGGAUUGAGGGGGAGGGGGAGGCGGCGGACGGGGGGAAGGAGAUGCCGCCGCCGCCGGUGCCGUCGUUUGCCAGGGUGAAGAAGGCGAGGAAGCCGCCUAUCGGUGGGCUGGGGAUUAAGAAGAAGCCGUCGUUGGUGUAGUAUGGGCUUCUUCAUUCUUCGUUCUUUCAUUCUUUCUUGUUUGUGUUAGGGAUGGAGUUCGGCAUGGCAUGGCAUGCUUACAACUACUGGAGUAUGGACACAGCAUUCAAACAUAAACUGUCUUGAUUAAUUAUGAUACACCAGCAAUGCAUAGUAAAGAACAAUG